ACGGUCCGAGUGAAGAAUUAAGGCCUUCAAACAUCCUCUUUGGCUGGUUCCUCAUAUUACGCCUGCAACACCCCCAGUCCAACUUGCAUCUCCCCACAGACAGUCCGACCUACCAGCCAGAAAUCUAGUAGCCUCAUUGGCUAACAAAUUUUCCUAUUUAUACACCCCAGCUUGUCCUCCAAUCAGAAUUCAUCCAUCCUCAUCCUCUCACAUCCCACUCCCUCUACAAUACCACAUCUGCCACAUCUUUAUCUGACUCUCCCCUUCCAACGUCGAACCAACCUUCCUACUUCCUUCAUUCUUCUACUCCCAUCACCUUCAUCCCAUAUAUCAAAUGGCUUCUGCUGCUGUAGCUCUCCCGAGCUCCGCCACAGGUGGAUCACUCAAUCCUACUGCCCCUGCUUCAACCUCUGUCAACGCCACUACUACUACCAGCAUCACUAACGCCCCAGCCAACAAACCGAAACAAGCCGGCUCCCGGGCCGUGGGUGAACCUAGAAGGGUCCGGUUCAACGUUGGGUCUAAAUAUCACGUCAUGGAUGUCAUCGGCGAAGGUGCCUACGGGGUAGUGUGCUCAGCCAUCCAUCGCCCAACUGGCCAGAAGGUCGCCAUCAAGAAGAUCGUCCCCUUUGACCACUCCAUGUUCUGUCUUAGAACCUUGCGAGAACUGAAAUUGCUCAAGUAUUUCCAAGAACACAACGUCUCUGAAAACAUCAUUUCGAUUGUCGACAUCAUUCGCCCUCCCACCAUCGAGGCUUUCAAGGAGGUCUAUCUUAUUCAAGAGUUGAUGGAGACUGACAUGCACCGAGUUAUCAGAACCCAAGUCUUAUCGGACGACCACUGUCAAUAUUUCAUCUACCAGACUUUGCGAGCAUUGAAGGCUCUGCAUUCGGCGGAUGUGAUCCAUCGGGAUUUGAAGCCAUCGAACCUCUUACUGAACGCCAACUGUGACCUCAAGGUCUGCGAUUUCGGAUUGGCUCGUUCGAUCCGGACUGCCGAGCAAGAGACAGGCUUCAUGACGGAAUAUGUAGCCACCCGAUGGUACAGAGCCCCCGAGAUCAUGCUCACCUUUAAGCAAUAUACCAAGGCUAUCGACGUUUGGUCGGUCGGCUGUAUCUUGGGCGAGAUGCUCUCCGGACGACCUUUGUUUCCAGGCCGUGACUACCACCACCAACUGACACUCAUCUUGGAUGUGCUUGGUACACCGACCCUUGACGAGUUCUACGCCAUCAACUCCCGCCGUUCUCGAGACUACAUCCGCGCCCUUCCUCUCCGCAAGAAGCGCCCCUUCGCCACACUCUACCCAAACGCUUCAGCCUUAGCCAUCGAUUUCCUCAACAAGACCCUCACCUUCGACCCCAAGAAAAGACUGACUGUCGAGGAAGCCUUGCAGCAUCCAUACUUGGAGGCUUACCACGACCCUGAAGAUGAGCCAACCGCCCCCCCACUUGAUGAAGACUUUUUCGCCUUCGACCGACAGAAGGACGAGAUCAGCAAGGAGGAACUCAAACGACUCCUAUUUGAGGAAAUCAACUCCUUCAACUCUAGUACCGGGACUACCACUCAGUCUUGAGCGCUUUCCUUCUUCUUUGGCCUCUUAAUCAUCCUCUCUUCGAUGCUUUCCAUUCUUGUUUCUUCUCUCUCCACGACUGUCAAAAUUCUCACCCCACUCUGUCUUUCUCCCUCUCUCUCCCUAUCUGCCCUCAUGCAUGUUUGAUACAAGUCUUAAUAUUCAAUCACUUCAAUGUAUCAUAUCAUUUAAAUAAUAAUUUUUUUGGCCAUACUGGAGCAAGCUUGUAUACCUUUUCCUCUCCAUCACUUACUGCAGGUGCACUAAAUGAUUACAUAAAUGAAUCUUUGAAAAUAUAAUAAAAUGUCCAAAAACAACUC